AAAAACAAAAAAUAAACGCAAGAGCAGCCUCCGAUUUCCACCGUAAACAGCGAUUAUACAACUGGAAACGUGCACGUUUUUCCACAAUUCAUUAUUAUUUUUUUUGCUCUCCGCUGCUCCUUGCAUCAUUUCCACCUGAUAAUUACUUCGGUUCAGUUACUGUGCGGUAAUACUCAACUGAGAUGUGAUAGGUGUGAUCGCAGACUCCGAGGAAGAUCAUUUUUCCCCAAAACGAAAAUUUACAAAUUUUGAGACAAAACAAAAAACGAUAAUGGGAACCACAAAUAACAAUUCGACAUCAUGUUUUCCACCUCCGAAGCAGAGACGCAUGUCAAUUCGGAGCUUUUAUUGGAUAGAAGAGGGGUACAACGAUAGCGAGAUGACUGUGGCCUGCGAGAACAACACAGGAUCUGCGGAUCCUGCACACAACGAUAAUGGAACUGUGUACACGGUUUCCGUGAAUCGUAGCUACGACAAUAAGGGCUACAACAAGAGCGAUGACGGAGACCCAAAGAAACCGCCGCGCGAGAUCAGUGACGAGGAGGCCUCCCAGCAGGGUAAAUUCAAGCUGUCGCGGAAGGAGAAGUGGAGGAUCCUGAAGAACGUGUCGGCCGUGUCCUGCGCUUUCAUGAUCCAGUUCACGGCCUUCCAAGGCACCGCGAACCUGCAGAGCAGUAUCAACGCCAAGGACGGCCUCGGCACCGUCUCGCUCAGCGCCAUCUACGCCGCCCUCGUCGUCAGCUGCAUCUUCGUACCCACACUAGUUAUUAAGAGGCUAACGGUAAAAUGGACACUCUGCGUAUCGAUGCUAUGCUACGCCCCGUACAUCGGGGCGCAAUUCUACCCCAAAUUCUACACCCUCGUACCUGCUGGCGUCCUGCUGGGUAUAGGCGCCGCUCCCAUGUGGGCAUCCAAAGCCACGUACCUCACGCAAGUCGCGGCGGUCUACGCUAAACUCACGGAUCAACUCGUCGACGGAAUCAUCGUACGCUUCUUCGGCUUCUUCUUCCUGGCCUGGCAAACGGCCGAACUCUGGGGAAACCUUAUCUCAUCUUUAGUUUUAAGCAAUCCACAUGGAGGAGAUGGAUCUGGUCCGAACGAUACGUUACCCACAUACGACAGCUGCGGUGCCAAUUUCUGCGUUAUGAAUAUGCACAGCAACGAGAAUCUGGCUCGUCCGGACGACAAGGAAAUCUACGAAAUCUCAACCAUCUACUUGGCCUGCAUUCUUGUAGCCGUCAUCAUCAUCGCCGUCUUCGUCGAUCCACUCUCAAGAUAUGGUGAGAAGCAGAGGAGAAAUAGUGGAGCUGAGCUUUCAGGAAUCCAAUUGCUUUCUGCUACGGCUUAUCAACUGAAGAAACCGUACCAGCAGUUACUCAUUCCUAUCACAGUAUGGAUCGGCAUGGAACAAGCUUUCAUCGGCGCUGACUUCACUCAGGCCUAUGUUUCUUGUGCAUUGGGGAUCCCAUCUGUGGGAUAUGUGAUGAUCUGCUUCGGUGUUGUCAACGCGCUGUGCAGUUUGCUCUUCGGAUCUGUCAUGAAGUAUAUUGGCAGGCAGCCGAUCAUGGCUCUAGGAGCACUAGUUCAUUGCGCUUUGGUGGCUUGGUUCCUGGUCUGGAAGCCUCAUCCGUCCAAUCCGUCCGUCUUCUUCAUCGCCUCUGGACUCUGGGGCGUCGGAGAUGCCGUCUGGCAAACUCAAGUCAACGGAUUGUACGGCACGCUGUUCAGAAGGAACAAGGAAGCGGCGUUCUCCAACUACAGGCUGUGGGAGAGCUCAGGAUUCGUGAUCGCCUAUGCUUACUCCAACCAUCUCUGCGCUCGCAUGAAGCUCUACGUUAUGCUCGCUGUCCUGUUACUCGGCGUCUUCAUGUACAUCAUCGUCGAGAUCUUGCACACUAGGAAGCUCAGGAGGCAGAAGGAGAAGGAAAGGCAGGCUGCCGCUUUGGAAGCUACGAAGAUGCCGCAGGAACCUGAGGAAACUGAUGAUGAAAUUGACGAGAUCGACGAUAAGAUUAUUGUUACACACUUCUAGGGAAUUUCAAUCAAGCAAAAAAAAAAGGUAGAUUAGAUGAUCCGAUUCUCAGAUCUUAUAUUCGCAAUGGAGAAUACAAGAUGCUACCCAAACGAAAAAAGUAAAAAAAAACAAACGUAAAGUAGUCGAGUGUUUACUUUAAGUAAAUAGCAGAACUUAAUAAAUGUAAUACUAUUGUUGUUGUUAUUAUUGUUGUAGUUGUUGCGAUUUCAGAUUUCGAUUGACUUGAAAUCUGCUGGAAACGAAAACAAAAACAAAAUCUUCUUGAAAACAAAACAAAAAACAAACAUGCGACUUUGGCUUUCUUGAUAUUCGCAAAGUAUUGUUGACCAAAAUUUUUCGCGCACAUUUAUAUAUUAUACACACAUAUAAAUAUCAUUACGUUAUCUGUGAUGGUAAAGGUUUUACGUAUGAACUGUUAAGGUUUUGCAUUUUUGUACAAAUACGCGUUUUUAUUUUAAUUUACUCCGAUUUUAAUUUUUUUGGUUUAUUUUUACCUUAGGACUGUGAUCAUAUAAAUCAUGUAAUUUAACGCUAUUUUUUUCUUUUGUUUUUAACUGCUUCCACUUUUAUUUUUUCGUGUAAAUAGAAGUCGUGUAUUCGACGUUACCUAUGUAUAUACCAGUACGAUAUUAAACAGUAAACUGCGUACAAAAAUGCAUCUCGAAAAUUUGAUACAGAGCAAUAUUAUAUUAUUAUUCUUCACGCGGAAGAGUGUUUGAAAAAGUAAAUGUAUUUUUUACACAACGAGUUACUGUAAAUCCUUUCAAUAAUUUUAUUUAUCCGAAUUAUUAUGAUUAUAUAUAUAUUUACAUGUUAUAUUUCGUUUAGUAUUAUUUCGUGUUAACACUAAUUAAUAGAAACGCAGUAAUUUGCACCGAUUUCAAGUGCGUAGAAGAUCAAAUUUAUAAAUUAUUAGUAUCUUAAUUAUUGUUAACGUUUAUUUAUGUAUUUUAUUUCCUUAGAUUAUAAUUAUAGACACCAUCCCCACUGUACAGUAAUAUAUAAGUUUUUUUGUUUAUAGUUAUAACAAUCAAUCCUUGUUGUGAAUAGUCAGUAUUUUAACAACUAAAAUAAAAAUCAAUGAAAAUGAA